GCCGUCUGCUUACAGCUGCAUGAAGUUAGUCCUAAUCUGUGUUUUUAGGUCAUUCUAAUGAAUGAAAUGUUGCGAAUAAGAUACUUAAGAUACAGAUGGAGGACAAAAGAAGAAGAGUCAGGACUAAAAACUAUCUACAGCAGAGGAACAGGAUCUGAAAGUGAUGGAAACGGGAACAAGCUGCUUCACCGCAGGUUCUGUCAUUUAAAGCUGAAGCAGAAAAUAAAAAGUAGAAACUUUCCGAUGAAACAGAAACUCCAAACAGAUCCGAGAAGCGUGUGUCUUCAACAGAAACCUAACAGAAAGCUGGGAAGAAGACGGGCGUGUAUCAGCUUGUGUGUGUGUGUGUGUGCGCGCGCGUGUGCGUGGGAGGAUUCAGGGACUCCGAGCCGGAACAAGUGUGAAAUCUCUCCGCUCGCAUUUUCCCGGUUUUUCGCGGAUUUUUGUGGAUUUCUUUCAGUGACCCAACCUGCACAGAUGGCGACCGAGGACACGGCUCUGGCGCGCGCCAUCAUCACGCUGGUCAGAGGGUUUCACAAAGCCGCCAACAACAGACCCUCCAUGAGCAUCGCCCAGUUCAAGACUUUGGUCUCCAAACAGAUCCCUGAAGGUGCCAAGAGGGUGGAGGAUGAGGAAAGUCUGCGUCAGCUCCUGCAGGAGAUGGGUGUGAAGAACGGUCAGAACAUCUCCUUCGAGAACUUCUGGAUGUUCAUUAAAUACCAGGCCAUCGAGCAGUCCAUCAAAGUUAAACAGGACAAGGACACCUGCGUGUUGCUGUGAGAUCUGAGCCUGAAAACACCGCAUCCACCCGGCCACAGGGGGCGCUGCAGGACCAGUCAGCACAGAGGACAUAAAGGAGAAAAAGAAAGAAAUGGACGAAUUUAAAUUUAGCCUGUGUUACAGUCAAAUUAAAACCAGAUUAGAAGGAAAUGCUGCAGUGUGAAUGUACAGAUUCAACAUGUGCCUUUUAAAGACAAAAAUAAAGAAAUAAAAUCCAUCAGAAGCAAAGAAUGAAACUAGACCACUGGUUUCUAAAGCUGGGAAUGAAAAAAUUAUAGCUUAUUGGGAUGCUUCAAACGAAGACAAAAAACAAAGCAGGACUUAUUUUAUAAGGUACAAACAAGGUAUUUGCUUUUUAUUUUUUAUAUACAUACACAAAUACACAUGCAUACAUGUACACGUAUGAGAAAUUUCAUUCACUCAUUUUGUCCCCACAGCAAAGGAAACAAACAAAUAUUUAAAAAUAAACAAUAAAACUGACACAUACAGCUAUAAAGCGGGCUGAAAAUACUGCAUCACCUGUUGCUUCAAAGGGAACGACAUCAAAAAGACUUUCAAUCCCGUGUGAAAUGACAAAGAUCCCGGGAAGGACACGACUUUAAUCUUCAGUCUGAACGUUACUGACAUGGUUUCACGUCAUCUGUGUUCACAGUAAUAUCUAAUCUCUAGAUGUCUGAAUGUUAAAUGUGUUCAAAUCCAGCUGUAAAAUGACACUAUCCAUGAAAUCAGCAGUUUUUAAUGAACUUUAAACAUGUCAAGAUGUUUGUGUAACGACAUCCAGAACUAUUGAUCCCUCUUAGAGAAAAAAGUGGUGCAUAUGUUGAUGGAAACAAUGGCUAGAGAUGCUUAAAACCUGACUGUAAAACAGUCUGUGAUGGCUAAUAUUUAUUUACAGAAGGAAAACAAUGAACAGGAGGGAAACCUAACUAAUGAAACAUGACUUUGGAGGAAAAAACUUUUUGACGGAAGGUGAUAGGUGAUAUUUAAACACACAUUAACAGUAUAUAAUGUCGAUUAACAGCCUUUGGAGUAAUGAUAGUAAGUUUCAUCUGGGGAUAAGAUGAAAUUUCCAGCUCCAGAAUAACUAAAAGUUGUGGAAAAGAUGGAGUCCUGAACCUAAUCUGGAAGCUCAUCGAAAAGAAACUAACCAGGGACUCUGCUUCUUCCCAGAGCUCCGCUGACACUCCGAACCUCUGAACAUUACACAUGUGUCUUACACAAACAUGGAAUCUAGAACAUGUGGUAAUAUUAUUAAAUAUAUAUAUUUUAUAAAUAUUCAUUUAUGCAGGUUGGCAUAAAGUUCAACCAGGAAAAUUUUUCUUGAUGCAGUUUCAAAUUUAGUGGUGUAAAAAUAAAUAAAUAAGUAAAUAAACAAAUGAGAAAAUGAGUCCAUUCAAGCUGACACAUUCAGCCCUUUUGUGCCAGCUGACUCCGUACUGCUGCCUUCAGCUUGCAGGCUUUCUCCAGGCCUCCUAUAAACUCCUGGAGAAAGCCACAGGACCCAUAAUCAUCGGCGCACUGGGGGCCGUGUCCCCAACAGAAGAGACAUGGCUCCAGCAGAUACCUGGAGCAACAUCAGACAUGUCUGUCCAGAGGAGAUCAAGAACUGCUGAGAUACUAAACAGGCCCCUGCAGCUCCCAGAAUUUUUUCAUGUAACCUGGAGACCAAUCUGUUCUAACCCAUGGAGACCAGAGGGGCUUCGGACAGGGGCUUCGAGAAGCUUCCGUUGCCAAGCAACCGCUACAUUUCUAACCGCGCUCUGGUGGAGUAUCACACUGUGGAAAAUGGAGGACACUGACCUGCGGAGACCUUCUCUUUGCAUCAGUAAGUUAGAAACAAGUUUAGCCUCGCCUCUCGUUUCAUUGCUGAGUCUUGUUGUUAUUCAUCCAGCUGUUUUCUGCCUUGUUUUUCCAGUUGCGCGCAGGGUCAUAACGACUGUUUUCAGCCAAUCAGAAGAGUUUCCGGUGGUUCACCUGUUCCUCAGAGCGCUGUUUGGAGCACUGAGCGGCUCAGUCCUGUUCCUGGGAAUCUCUCACAGCCUCCCUCUGACCUUUGACCUGAAGCUGGCAGCAGGAUUUUUAUUUGUUGGUGUGUGCGUGGCUGCCGGAGCGCUGUCCUCCUCCUUCAGGUGCUCCGUCUUCCUCGUCUUUCCCAGCAUGUUCGGGUCUCGCGGCCGCGCAUACCUGAUGAUACUGAUCAUGUCGGUUCUGUACAGAGGUCCCAUCUCAAACCUCCAGCAGAACGCCGAGAUGGCCGCUCUGUCCCUCAGCUGUAACCUGGACCUGCAGGUUAACCACAGCAUGUUGCUAUGGAGACACGCCAUCAGGCCGUUUGUCGUCAUCUCUCAGGAGCUCACGGAUGAUGAAGCAAAGUUCCAGUCGGAGGCUCAGAGCAUCAGCAAGAAGUUCCAGAUCAUCCGGGACGAAGUGGCCCUUCAGUACGGAUACGACCGGUUCAAACCAGAACCUGGAGGAGGAGGGCAAAGCACACAGGAGGAGUUCACCACCAAGACCAAGAUGCAGUGUGACAGUGUGGUGGAUCAGGGCGUUCAGCGCUGUGCUGAGUGGUUCAGCCACAGAUGGCAGGAGUGUAUGGAGGCGAUACCUGUCCCCGUCAUCAACCACAUCCUCUGUGUCUCCAUGAAGUUCCACUUCCUGUGUGAUGUCAUGAAAGUCAUGACUCCGUGGUGCAGAGAGCAGAUUCCUGUGGAGGGAAACUUCGGUCAGCUGUUCGACCAGCUCAACGUUUCCGUCGACCUGCUGUCCAGAGAGUUCAGCACCCAGCUCGUCCUGCAGGAGCAGGAGCAGCAGUCGGUUCUGGACGGAGCUCUGGUGGACCAGGAGUUCACUCAGGCCGUCAGAAAGUCCUUCCUCAGCCUGAACGCAACAAUGAAACAGCUGCUGAACCACCUGCAGACCAUACUCUCCUUCACCUUCAUCAGCGUGUUCACACAGGCGUUUAAGUACCUGAGAUGCUACAGGAGGGAUAUUUGCUUCGACAACGUCUACGUCACCUCCUACUUUAGAAAGCUUGACGCCCGCAGGAGGAAAGCGGAGAAACGCUUCCUGCUGCCUCUAAACAAGUUGGAGAAAAACAUCUUCAUCGACCCCUGCAGUCUGAAAAUUUACCCCGAGGAGCUGAAACAAGUGAUGACAGGUGUGAUUCAGGUGUUUUCCGUCUCACUGCUGUGUUUCGUCCUGCUGACGGUCGACUUCGCUCUGACCCAUGUUCUGGACAUCAUCAGCAGACACACCUUCACCCAGUUUAACCUGACCAGUAGUCACCAGGUGGACAUCAGAGUGGGCGGAGACUCCAUGAUUGCCCACCUCCUGAGGACAACCAUUUCAGCCUUCAACAUCUCCUCCAACCUCGACAUCGCCACCGACAACCGGGCAUGCAUGUCUCCCCCCGCCUCCCUCUCUGCCGGCGUCUAUGUGAGCUGUGUGUGUUGCGUUCUGCUGAUGGUGCUGUUUACCUGCCUUCAGGUGUACACUAACCGCCUCCGACGACUCAUCGCAGCCUCCUACUACCCCAAGAGGGAGAAGAAGCGAGUCCUGUUUCUCUACAACCUGCAGCUCAACAGACGGAUCUACGCCGCGGACAGGAAACGCAUCAGCCGAGGACAGAGCAGCAGGACGGUGUUGCAGCGCAUCAACAGGUGUGUGCGUCGGCUUGUUCGGCGUCAGAAACGGGAAGACUCAGAGAUGUGCUACGCCUCCAGUUAGACGGAGGAAGGAAGCUCCACCCAGAGAGGAAGACCCCGAGCUCUUCAUCCUGUUCACAAAAACCUCCUCACUCUGUUUGCAGUAAAAUCUCUCCAAGCAUCGAAGCUUCCCGACUCUGACUCAUGCCUUUGUGUGCAAACCGAGAGGAAUUUAAAACCAGUCUGUAAGCAGGUUUAUUCAGACUUCCGGCGUCUCUACAGCCGGGAGGGAUGUUGGACUGUCCUGCAGGCUGUGGUGGGCCGCCAUCACUGAUAAGCAAGCAAGGUUGGAGCUAAAGCCUUUAAAGAUAAUUUCCCACUGAUUAAAUUAUCCCUGCUCCAACUUUUAUCCUGUUAGCUUCGCUCCAAAGAACCCGAGACAUGACAGAAGAAAACUACUUUUUUCAUCACCUGCUCAAUUCUUAGAUUUGUUUUGUGUUAAAGAAACGAAAUGUAAAAAAAAAAAACAUGUUUUAAAGGUGCAGCUUGUCCCAAAAUCCAAAGUCAAAAACAGAAAAAUAUAAUUCAUCAUUAAAGACUGUUUCUAUUGGCAUCUAAUCACUUCACUAAAAUAACU